AACAUCAACAUCUCGCUGCCGUCACGCUGCGUGGCACAUAUCCCACAUUGAUCAACACUCUUGUGCAUUGCACUGCGCCUCUGCAGAAGCACACAGCACUCACUGACUUGUUCGUGUUGCCGAUUGUGCUUGUGAAAGAAGAGACGCUCGUACCGGGUCGUGCCGGAAACUUCAUGAGGCUUGACGCAAAGCGGCCCGUUAAGCCCAUAAUUGUGGUGCCGAUCUAAUUACUUCCGAGCGUGCAACAACAAAGCUCGCACGCGACUGACGUCAACAUCGUACGCUGAGGAGAAUAGUCAGAAUGCCUAAGCAGUCUUGGCUGCAUGAGCGCGUCUGUCAACUAUUCACUUUCACCUCACACUCUCACUAAGUUGAAGAACUAUCUGUAGCGGCACCGAUUAAUAAAGACUGCAAUCGACUUGCGAUGGCGCACAAGCGACGCGAACAUGACUACGAUUUCGAAGUACCCUGGCGCCUUAUCGAUGGUGAGAUAGCGCACGCGCUCGACGACGACGCGGAUUCAGAGCAGCACAAGAGAAGGAGGAAUCAAAAGCUGAGGAAGAGAUCAAUACGACAUUAUCGUCAUGCGACGGGCAAAUGGGGGGCUGCGCUGGAGAGCUUCAAGCCCAUUUGGUUUGCCAGCGCCAUCUCAACGGGUGGACUCGCACUGAUUCUCGCCGCGCCUUUCCCGUACUCCGCACCCUGGCAGCUGCGCCUCUCAUCCGUCCUAUUUGUCUUCGAAAUCGUACUUUUCGCCCUCUUCUGCGUGCUCACGCUCGCUCGCUGGAUCGUAUUCCCCCACGUCGCCGUCCGCCGCGCGCUGUCCGAUCCAGAUGAACUGUGCUCCUACGCCAUCCCGCCAAUCGUGCUCAUGACCAUCUCUGCGCUCACGGCCACGCAGGUCUCGACGACAGAAUGGGGUGGACAUGCAUUUACCCUGGUCGCGUAUGUACUAUGGUGGAUAGGCAUGUUUUGGAUGUUCCUGACGGGCGUUGUGGUCAUUGUGACUUGCAUUUACACGGGGAACCAGAUGGACCGCACGAUGACGCCUGUGUUAUUUAUGGCACCUGUUGGUCUGGCGACUGCGGGCGUGGAAGCCGGUAACAUAGUGAAUAAUGGCGCGGAGAUGACCGCGAGACUUGCGAUGCCCAUGAUUGUUGUCGGAUACUUUGUCGUUGGAAUCGCGCUAUUUAUGGGUCUAAUCCUGUACACUCUGUUUUUCCACCGUCUGCUUGCUGCUGGUCUCAAUCCACCGGCGCAAAGAGCUGGGUUGUUCAUCCUUGUUGGCGCGGCAGGGCAGCUGAGCUCUGCGUUUCAGAUCCUGGGGAAGGCGGCACGAACGUACUUUCAGCAAUACAAGCCGCAAGCUACGGAUGCCAUCUUUUGGAAUGAGCAGACUGGUGCUGGUAUCGACUUUUCCAGCCUGUUGUUCGGCCUACUCUUUCUCGGCUUUGAUUACUUCACGCUUUGCCUCGCAGUCGUGGGCGUCAUUGACGUUUUCGUUAAGAAACAGUUCGCAUAUACAUUGUCGUGGUGGAGUGCGGUGUUCCCGACGAUAACGUUGGUAACUGCUUGGCUCCAGCUGGGCAAUACGAUGGAUUCACCAGCUUUCAGAGGAUUGACAGCUGCAUCGUACAUGUGUGUAGUCGUUCUAUAUGUCCUGAACUGGGUCGGAACGAUCCGAGGGAUUUAUACUGGCGACUUGAUCUGGGCUAAGAGCGAACUGCAUAGGGAAGAGGGCAUGAUGAAGAAAGCGAAAGACAUGCAGAACAUGAAAGAAACCAAAGAGGUAUGA